AUGCCUCCUUCAGCUGACACUGUUCGCACAGUAUUUGAAAUUGUAGGGAAUGUGACCUCUCUGGUGCUGUUCCUCUCGCCGGUCACGCUGAUCCUGAUCAUCAACGGCGCCGGCUUCCUCAUCGAGCUCGCCUACGUCCUCGUCCUCCUCAGUUUCUCCGCCGGAGGAGCCUGGUUCCGCUCGCUCGCGGCCCUCGUCGGAGAGUUCGUCUUCGCGGGCAGCAUCGCGGGGCUCAUACUGGAGGCCCUGCACGGCGACAACCGGAGGCUCGUCGCCGGAGUGCUCUGCGUGGUGUUCGCCACGGCCAUGUAUGCCGCUCCGUUGUCCGUAAUGUGGCAGGUGAUUCAUACGAGGAGCGUCGAGUUCAUGCCCCUCUCGCUACCGAUGACGUGGAGAUGGAGAGAAAUGGGGUCAAAGGAAAAAGAAGCUUUGGAAGUCAACAAUUGGGCAAUUGAAACUAGUAGGCCUCUUGAUGGGCUGGCCCAGUUAUAUUAUUAG